UAGGUUCUAUUUCAGCAGUACAGAAAAAUGGCUCGUACUAAGCAGACGGCUCGUAAGUCUACCGGGGGGAAAGCGCCGCGUAAGCAGCUGGCAACUAAAGCAGCUCGGAAAAGCGCUCCUGCUACAGGCGGUGUGAAGAAGCCUCAUCGUUACCGCCCAGGCACGGUAGCUCUCCGAGAGAUCCGCCGCUACCAAAAAUCUACGGAGCUGCUGAUUCGAAAGCUGCCCUUCCAGCGUCUAGUGCGGGAGAUCGCUCAGGAUUUUAAGACCGAUUUACGGUUCCAGAGCUCGGCGGUAAUGGCUCUGCAGGAGGCCAGCGAAGCUUACUUGGUGGGGCUCUUCGAGGAUACCAACCUGUGUGCGAUCCACGCCAAGAGGGUCACCAUUAUGCCCAAGGACAUCCAGCUAGCGCGCCGCAUCCGCGGAGAGAGGGCUUAGAACCAGCGACGCCCU